AUGACAACCUCAAACCCAACCGAAAGUAGCAGAAGAUGGACCUUCACCCUGAACAAUUACACAGGAGAAGAAGAGAUAUCCCUUCAAGAACUCCCAGGAUGUACAUACAUGGUGUAUGGACGAGAGACAGGAUCAAAUGGUACUCCGCAUCUCCAAGGAUUUGUGACCUUCAAAGCAAUGAAAAGAUUUUCGGCAAUGAAGAAGAUCAACGAUCGAGCCCAUUGGGAAACAGCAAAAUCUAUUUCUAGAAUUAAUCGCGAAUACUGUCUUAAGAAAGGAUCUCAAUCGAAAGCUGAAUGGGAUGGAUUCAAUACUUCAGGACCCAAUUAUGGAGCGGAUGCAGAUUUCUUUGAAAAGGGAAAAUGCCCCACCCAAGGUCAACGCUCAGAUCUUGAAGCCGCAUGCGACAGAAUCGAUGAAGGUGCCAGUAUGAGAGAUGUCGCGAAGGAAUUUCGUACUACGUUCGUAAACAAUUUCAAAGGGUUAAAUGCAUACCAACUCAUCACCACUGAAGGUUAUCGUUCCGAUGCUCUUCGUGGUAUCUGGAUCUGGGGCCCUUCAGGCGUCGGUAAAUCCAGCAGCGUCUGGAAAGACUACGGUGAUUCGUUGUUCGAUAAGCCUCAGAACAAAUGGUUUGACGGGUAUGCUGGUGAGGAGACAAUCCUUCUUGACGACUUCGACAAGAAAGGUGUAUGUCUCAGCCACUAUCUGAAACGCUGGGCCGACCACUAUCCAUGCACUGGAGAAACCAAAGGCGGCACCAUUCACCUCAGGCAUAAACGCCUUGUAAUCACCAGCCAGUACAACAUUGAAUCUCUCUUUGGCAAACCAGAUGAAGAUGGUGCUAUAGACCACGAGCUACUUGACGCUCUCCACCGUCGCUUCAAAGUCAUUCAUAUGGAGCAUGUAAACAACCUAGGGAAGAAACGUGCUCGCAGUAGCCUAAAUCUUAAUUCACACUAG